AUGUGCCCACUGCACGAGUGGUCCAAAUGUCAAACUGAAUUAUCGUCAUAUAUGGUCAUCGGGGAAGGACUAGCCUUCUCCGUAUCAUGCUCUUUGAGCACUAGGCUUGUGUCCGUCACGAAUAAAUGUUCAUUUAUUCAUCGGCCUUAA